UGAUAAAAUGUGGUAACCCGGCGUACCACGUCACGCAGUUGUCACAUCAUAUCGCGAUAUUUUUGUGAGUCUUUUGGGUGUGUGCUUUCUUCAUGUGUGUUUUGCUACUUAUGUGGAUUAUUAGGUGAUAUUCUUCUUUUACCGGAUUGCAAUCCUAAACCGCAAAAAUGCCAAAAUCGAUAUUAGCAUAUAUAAAUAAAGCAAUAGGUGGUUCAAGUGAAAAUCACUUGAUGAACGUCCGGGUGACGACGAUGGACGCGGAGCUGGAGUUCGCGAUCCAGCAGACGACGACCGGCAAACAGCUCUUCGACCAGGUGGUGAAGACAAUCGGCCUGCGCGAGGUCUGGUUCUUCGGGCUCCAGUACACCGACUCGAAGGGAGACCUGACGUGGAUCAAGCUGUAUAAGAAGGUGAUGCAACAGGACGUGAAGAAGGAGAACCCGCUGCAGUUCAAGUUCCGCGCCAAAUUCUACCCCGAGGAUGUCGCCGAUGAGCUCAUUCAGGAGAUCACGUUGAAACUGUUCUACCUGCAGGUGAAAAAUGCGAUCCUAUCAGAUGAAAUCUACUGCCCCCCCGAGACGUCAGUUCUGCUCGCGUCCUACGCGGUGCAGGCGAGGCACGGGGACCACAACUCGUCCAUACACGGCCCCGGCUUCCUGGCCAAUGACCGUCUGCUGCCGCAGCGUGUCACCGACCAGCAUAAGAUGUCCCGCGAAGAGUGGGAGCAGAGCAUCACGAACUGGUGGCAGGAGCACCGCGGGAUGCUGCGCGAGGACGCCAUGAUGGAGUACCUCAAGAUCGCGCAGGACCUCGAGAUGUACGGCGUGAACUACUUCGAGAUACGCAACAAGAAGAACACGGAGCUGUGGCUCGGCGUCGACGCGCUUGGUCUCAACAUAUACGAG